AUGUCAGCCAUAUUGGCGCGGAAGCUCGUUGACUACUCGUCCUUGAGCUUAGGCAAUAUGGCGACCGUGUAUCCGGCCGAUCAUCCAACGCUCGCAGGUGAACCCUUCUCCCUGCAAGAAUACUAUGCUAGGCACGCACCUAAUGGCUCUCUGGCGUUGCUCUUCAUGCCGAUCUCUCGACACAGCCAGAACGUCUUGGCCUCGUCCAAUCGUUCAGCUACGAUCUCAGUGGCGGAUGAUCAUCCCGAUGCCAGCCGUGCCCGGGUAGCCUUGAUUGGCACCGUCACCAUAUUCAAAGAUCUUAGCACGGCCCCUGACGUCGCGGCGAUACAGAAAUGCUAUCUGAAGCAACACCCAGAUGCCCGUCACUGGCUUCCAGGCCCAAGAGAGCCCCACAUAGCAUACUGGGCGCGAUUCGACCCCCAUACGAUAUAUUACGUCGGAGGAUUUGGCAGCGAGCACUACAUUGGCUACAUCCCCUUGGAGGCAUAUCAAACUGCAGGGUCUGUGCAGUAUGACCAGACCGCGAAAAAUAUCGGUAGUGGUAGACUGCAUGAGCAGAUUCGUAUCUUGUAA